AUGCGACCAACUGUCCAUGCGGCCAACUGUCCUGCAACCAACUGCCCGCACGCAACUGUCCGUCGACCAAAUGUCCGGAUCCCAUAUCAAGAUAGACAACGUCUUAUAGUACUCACUCUUCUUAUUUCAAUAUCUGUUCAACUUAAAUAUAUUUUUGUUCAAAAAUUUGAAUGGCUUUUAUAUGUUAUUCAAUGUAGUUUUCCUGACUUGACAGAGAAUGCAUUAAAUAGUAUUCGAUACGUUGAAUUUGGUAUUUCAAGUUGUAAUAUUGGUGCAGAUAGUUCAGCUCAUUUUGGCAAACAUCUUGUACCUUUUCUCAAUACUUAUAUGCCUUAUUUACAAAUAUUACGUCUUUGGAGACCAGAUGAUUUUCCUUGGACAUCAAAUAAGUUUAGUUUUCAUCUAAAUACUAUUAAGUAUAAGUUUUCAUUUUAUAAUGUUUUCAAAAUGAAGAAUAAUUAAUGUUUUAUUGAUCAAGUCCUUUUAUUUGAUUCUAGAAGUUUUCUAAACAUUUCAUGAAACUACAGAGAACUUCAUUGGAAUAAAAAAUAUUUCGUAGAAUUUUGCAAGAUAUAAAUAAACUUCUUCAAACUUCAAAAGACUUUAAGAAAACUUUGAAAUCAUAUAAAAUAUAAAUUAAAACUUAUAUCUGGCGAGGGAACCACCCGAGGUGUCAAAAAGCUUUUGAGCUGAAAUUAUGCCCACAAGUAGGGGAUGAAUAGACUAGAAAAAGCCUAAAAGGAUAUGGGCCCAAGUUGGGAUUUGACUGAGAUAUCGACUAUUUACCAUUAUUUUCCUAUAUGAUCCUACUUGUCCGAUAAAAUCAAAAUUUUGAAUUUAGGUCUGAAACUUUGUCCACACCAAGGCCCCAAUCAGACAAGCUUGCCUACAAAGUUUCAGAACUCUUGGUUAGACUAUCUCCGAGAUACUAAUUAGUAUGUUAGCAUAAAGCGGCUUUUUUAUGCAUGUAAUGUUUCACAUAGAUAUUUUGGCAGAUUCAUAUCUCGGAGAUAGUCUAUCCAAGAGUUCUGAAACUUUG